AUGGCCAGCACGAGCUGCACCACCCCAAUAGCGGGCAAGAUCGCGCUCGAAGAGCACGUCUCGACACCGCUCUUCUCGGCGUCCUUCACGACGCCCUUUGAGAACCACACCAACGAGGCCUCGUACGGCCAGCCGGCCUACUCGGCCGACGUCGGCGCGAGGCUCAGCGAGACCGACAUCGCCGAGCGCGGCGUCUUCAACACGACGCUCGCGGUCGAGCUGGCCGCGGCCGUCAACGACCAGAUGCACCACGACUACAAGCAGGGCAACUACUCGCACCGCUUCGAGUUUUUCUGCAACGUCGCGCUCCAGGACCCCGACGCCGCCGCGGCUGAACUAACGCGGUGUGUGACGGAGCUCGGCGGCAAGGGCGUCAUGGUCAAUGGCUACACGAACAAUGGGUCCGUGAACAAUGUCGUGUACCUCGACCACCCCACGAACGCGCCGUUCUGGCGCGCGCUUGCGGCCCUCGGCGUGCCGCUGUACCUGCACCCGUGCAUGCCGCCGCCGGACCAGCAGCGCAUCUACGCGGGCUACGACUUCCUCGCCGGGUCGCCGUACGGGUUCUCCGUGGAGGCCGGGAUGUCCGCGCUGCGCCUGAUGCUGUCGGGCCUGUUCGACGAGCACCCAUCACUACGAAUCAUCCUGGGCCGCUGCGGCGAGGCGCUGCCGUUCCUGCUGAGGAGGACCGACGAGCGCAUGCGGCACUUCGAGCCGAGUCUGUGGCAGGCGAAGGAGAACUUACGGUACUACUGGCAGCGCAACUUCUACAUCACCGCGGCCGGCAUACUGGAUGAAGGCGCGCUCUGGACACGAUUCGGAUGA